AUUUUUAUCAUGGAACUGGAUCUCCUAGAUUUCAGAAUGGGAUUAGGCAAUACGACACAUCAUGCGUGUAUGGACAGUGUCUACACUGAAUAUUCAGAUGAACUUCAAGCCAUGGAGGAGAUACUGAUUUUGGUCCUGGUCAUAGGACGCUGGUUGAUGCCAAAAGGUCACAUGAACAGAGACCAGCUCUGUCAGCUUCUCUUGACUUACAUUGCGUUGGGGGCAGACAUACUGGAUGUUUUACAGCUAAUCAAGGAGUCAAAAAUUAAUACUGACAAGCCUGUAGCUGUUGUUGGCUUGUGCCUUUUUUCCUGGGCAAUCCUGCAAUUUACAGUAGUGCUCACACAGACGGCAUCAUCAGCAUCCCAUACAACAAGCCUCACAGAAAAGUCGCCAUCAACAAGUGACAAAAAGAGUCGCAGUAUGCCAUCAUGCUGCACCAAUGAGAUGUGGAGUGUUAUCAUCACGAUUGGGAUGCAAGAUGGACCAUUUCUUGCAUACCGACUAUAUUUGGCCACUGCACAGGGAGUUUUUAAUGACUCCAUGACCUUUUUUAUUUGUAAAAAU